AUGGCUACCGCGCCGCCGUCGUCACUCCAGCUACGAGCGACAGAUGUAAUCCGAAAAGAGCACCUGGACGACGGCGGGUUUGGGGAGGUGUACUUGUGCUAUCAUGUCCACCUGGGUCCUGUGGUGAUGAAGACCAUGUACACGGGUCCUCUUCGCAAUGAGGAGAGCAAGCGGUCUCUGCUGGAGGAAGGUAGCAUUAUGGCCAGCCUGAACCACGAGCGGGUAGUCAGGUUGCUGGGCGUCAUCAUGGAAGAGCGAGGCUGCUCUCUGGUCAUGGAGUUGAUGCCCAGGGGUAACCUUUUGGCCAUGCUGGAGAAGGUCAUUGUGCCCAUAUCAAUUAAGGGCAGGAUUAUUUUAGAGAUCUUGGAAGGCAUGGUUUACCUUACUGAGAGGAAAGUCAUACACAAGGAUAUCAAACCGGAGAACAUUUUAAUUGACAAAGAUUUUCACAUCAAGAUCGCUGACCUUGGCCUUGCCACCUGCAAGACAUGGAGUAAACUCACCAAGGAGGAGUCCCUCAAGAGAAGUCGCAUGCGGCCAUCAGUAAGGACGAGAGCGGCGGGCACGCUGAGCUACAUGGCGCCCGAACAUUUGGAAAGCAUCCAUGCCCCCUCCACCGAGAAGUCCGACGUCUACAGCUUCGCAAUCGUGGUCUGGGUGAUUGUCACUGGCAAAGAGCCCUAUGAAAAUGCAAGGAAUGAAGAUCAAAUCAGCCAGUGCGUCCGCAUUGGCAACCGCCCAGCAAUGGACCUCAUCCCUGACGACAUGCCAAAAGAGAUCAUUGAUCUCAUGGUGAUGUGCUGGGCUCACAACCCACUGCAAAGACCAACGUUUCUUGAGGCCCACAACCUAUUCCAUCCCUUCUACGAGACCAAGCUUGCACCACACGUGGAGAGAGAUUUGGUAUAUCUACAUUCUCUAUACGAAGGCCCAGAUCAGCUUGUCGACAAGAUGAAGUCAUUGUCACUGACUGAUGAAUGCAUUUCAGCUGAUAGUCCAGCUUUUCUAGAGAGUGCUGACGGUAGCGUCAAUGUGCCGGUAGAAGCCAGUAUUGAGGACAUCGAUGGCAUCCCAUCUGAUAUGAAUGCAGACUCCGUGGCCGCCCAGCGUGAGCCAGAACCACAAGUUUCUUUGGAGGAGAAACUGCAACCAGAGUUAGACUACCACAAACAUGGCAGCUACAACUGCAACAGCCAGUCUGACAUUGUCAAUAGCCAGCAUCGGAAAACCCCGCAAAAUAUUCUGCCUAAUUUAACAAAUGACACCCUUAGCCAGUCAGAGAACAACACACCAUUCGUGUCCUCUGUCCAUUCCUGGACGAAAGCAGAACCAGUGCAGCCCAGCAGUCAGGAAGAUGAUUGGUAUCAUCCAGCGACUCAUUUUCAGGAAUCAAUGACCACUUCCCCACUGAAGCCAUCAGUCUUACAAACAUCUACCAGCAUAAAUAAUCUGCCAUCUUUCAAUCAAAAACAUCCAGAUUCCUAUUUCCGGCAGCGAUCCUGGCCUAUUUCCUCAGUAUCUGAAACGUCAGAGUAUGGCAGCAAUUUAAGGAAGAGUGGGACAGCACAAGAUUAUGGCUCUCUUUACAUUAGCAAUGCCAGAGGGAUCCAGAUAGGCAACAACAACAACCUCAGUAUUCACACCCAUGACCCCACUCGACAUUUUUUGUCUCUUCCUGGUAACAUAUGGACCAGCUCUCAGCUCAGAGAAGGACUACAGAAAUAUGAGGACCGUGCUGUGACCGAUGAGCACCUUGAUGUACUGAGGAAAAACAUUGGUGCCAAAUGGAAGUCUUACGCAAGACGUCUUGGUUUGAGCGAUGUAGAGAUAGAGACCAUCGAGCACGACUUCCACCUGGAUGGCCUGCCGGAGAUGGUGCACCAGACACUUCAACACUGGAAAAUGAAGGAAGGGAGUCUUGGCUGUACAAUCGGGAAGCUUUACUGUGCUCUUGAAGGUAUCAUUGACGUUGAUGUAAUUCUGAAAAUUCUGAACAUCUGUGCUUGUACUUCGUACACCAAAUGA